CUUCUAUCUUCUCUCUCUCGGUUCUACCACCACUCCUCCCCUUUCGCUACUUCCCUGGAGCAUUAAUUUGUUCCAGUUCAAUAGUCUGCGUGACUUCGUGAAGUAGCGUACGAUCGUUUUACCCGUUGCGCAUCCCAAGUCCGGUCUGCCCGGUCUGCCCGUCCACGGCUCCCGACCACUUUCGGUAACUCGACAAACCGCUGCGGACUCGCUCAAAAGUACGUCAGUUGUGCCGUACUCUGUCAUAAGUACGCUGCGCGGUUGUCCGCUUUACCUCACAAUCUUCUGGAUUGAGUCACAACAUGCUGCGUUCAACUCUUGGGGUGAGCCGAGGCCGUGUGCCUGCUUUACCCAAGUCCGCCAACGGUCGUCUAUGGAACUCCGGCAGCGCUCUGCUUCGCUGGGGUCAGGGGAGAAGAUCUGCUUCAACCGUGACAAGCAUCGACAACUUCCCUGGAAUUGGAGAGAAGAUCCACGGAUUUACCGUUCAAGAAAAGAAACAUGUACCGGAACUACAUCUCACCGCUGUCCGGUUAACGCAUGACCAGACCGACGCGGACUACCUCCAUGUGGCUAGGGAAGACAAGAACAAUGUGUUUGGAAUUGGUUUCAAGACCAAUCCGCCUGAUGCCACUGGAGUUCCUCAUAUCCUGGAGCAUACCACACUCUGUGGUAGUGAAAAAUAUCCUAUCCGCGACCCUUUUUUCAAGAUGCUUCCCCGCUCACUGUCGAAUUUCAUGAAUGCCUUCACCUCCGCUGACCACACCACAUAUCCCUUCGCUACCACCAAUCAGCAAGAUUUCCAGAACCUGCUCUCAGUCUACCUAGAUGCCACCUUCCACCCUUUACUCAAAGAGGAAGAUUUCAGACAAGAAGGCUGGCGAUUAGGGCCAGAGGAUCCCCGUGCUAUUGAGGGUCAGACGGCUCAAAAGCCCGAGGACAUUCUUUUCAAGGGCGUCGUGUACAACGAGAUGAAGGGACAAAUCUCGGACGCAAACUACCUCUACUACAUCAAAUAUAAAGAGAGCAUCAUCCCAGCACUGAACAACUCGGGCGGUGAUCCCCAGUAUAUCACCGACUUGACGCACAAGGAGCUGGUCGAUUUCUCUAAGCGAAACUACCACCCCAGCAAUUCUAAGAUCUUCACCUAUGGUGAUAUGCCUUUGGCUAGCCACCUUGAGCAAAUUGGCAAAGUUUUGGAUGGAUUCCAGAAGGGCGAAGCCGACAAGUCUAUUAAGCAGCCGAUUGACCUUAGCCAGGGCCCUAAGAACGUGACUGUUCCAGGUCCCAUCGACACCUUCGCUAGCGAAGACAAGCAGCACAAAACGUCAACCUCGUGGUACAUGGGAGAUUCAACCGAUGUUGUGGAGGCUUUCUCUGCUGGAAUUGUGUCUUCUCUGCUCCUAGAUGGUUAUGGCUCACCUAUGUACCGGGCUUUGAUCGAGAGUGGGCUCGGCUCUUCCUUCAGUCCAAACACAGGUCUUGAUACCUCUGGCCGUGUGCCCGUGUUCUCCGUCGGUGUGACUGGCAUCAGUGAAGAGUCGGCCUCUCAUGUCAAGACUGCUAUCCAGACCGUCUUCGAAGAAUCUUUCGCCACGGGUUUCAGUGAUGAGAAGGUCCAGGGUAUUCUCCACCAGCUUGAGCUUGCCCUCAGGCACAAGACUGCCAAUUUCGGAAUUGGCGUGAUGGAGAAAACCAUCUCUUCUUGGUUCAAUGGGUCCAAUCCCAUGAAGGAAUUGGCUUGGAAUGAAGUGAUUGAUGAAUUCAAGAGGAGAUACGCACAGUGGGGUUAUCUGGAGUCGCUGAUGCAGAAGUAUCUUAUGAAUGAUAACUGCCUGACAUUCACGAUGGUCGGCACACCCAGUUUCAACCAAAAGCUUGACGAGCAAGAAUUGGUCCGGAAGGAGAAGAAGCUUAGCCAGCUCGUUGAGCAGCAUGGAUCAAUGGAGAAAGCCAUUGCCAAGCUAACGGAGGAAGAGCUUCAGCUGCUCAAAGUCCAAGAGGAAGCGCAAAACGCCGACCUGAGUUGUUUGCCUUCCCUCCGUGUGUCUGAUAUUUCACGCGAGAAGGAGCGCAAGCCCGUCCGGGAGUCCAAGGUCGACAACGUAGAUGUUGUCUGGCGGGAAGCUCCUACUAACGGCUUGACCUACUUCCAGGCUUUGAACACCUUCGACGGUCUCCCCGAUGACCUUCGGUUGCUGAUGCCGCUUUUCAAUGAUUGUAUCAUGCGACUGGGUACAGCAAACCGCUCCAUGGAACAAUGGGAAGACUUGAUUAAAUUGAAGACCGGGGGCAUCUCCACCUCCACGUUCCACGUUUCGUCGCCCACGGAGCUUGGAAAGUUCAACGAAGGUCUUCAAUUCUCCGGAUCCGCUCUGGAUAAGAACAUUCCCGACAUGCUGCAGAUUCUGACCACCCUGGUCACUGAAACUGACUUCGCAAGCCCCAGUGCGCCAGCCAUGAUUCAGGAGUUACUCCGGAUGACGACCAACGGUGCUUUGGACGCUGUUGCAGGUACAGGCCAUCGCUUCGCGCUCAACGCGGCUGCGGCAAGUCUGUCGCGCAGCUUUUGGGUGCAGGAGCAACAAUCCGGUCUUGCACAGCUGCAGGCUACGGCUAACCUGUUGCGGGAUGCAGAAACGUCUCCCGAGCGAUUGGCGGAGUUGAUUGAGAAGCUCCGCACGAUCCAGGCGUUCGCCAUCUCCAGGUCGUCCGGCCUUCGUGUCCGCAUGGUGUGCGAGCCAGAGAGCGCGGGUCAGAAUGAGUCCGUGCUGCAGAAAUGGUUCGCGGGUCUGCCUCAAGUCCGCUCGCCAACAACCGCUUUCGAAUCUCCAGCCAAGGAUUCCAAGCUGAUCAAGACGUUCUUCGAUAUGCCGUACAAGGUGUACUACUCGGGAUUGGCUAUGCACACAGUCCCAUUCGUCCACUCCUCCAGCGCUAAGCUUAGUGUCCUUUCUCAAUUGCUGACGCAUAACUACCUCCAUCCGGAGAUUCGUGAGAAGGGAGGUGCCUACGGUGCGGGAGCCAGCAAUGGUCCAGUCAAAGGCAUGUUUGCCUUUACCAGCUACCGGGAUCCCAACCCUACCAACACUCUGAAGGUGUUCCAAAACAGCGGAAUCUUUGCUAGAGACAGGACUUGGUCGGAGCGGGAACUCAACGAGGCCAAGUUGGGUAUUUUCCAGGGUCUCGACGCUCCAAUGAGUGUCGAUGAGGAGGGCGCAAGAUACUUCAUGAGCGGUGUUACCCAUGAAAUGGACCAGCGCUGGAGAGAGCAGGUCCUUGAUGUCACCGCGAAGGACGUCAACGAGGCAGCACAAUCCUUCUUGGUCAAUGGCUCUCAGCGGUCUGUGUGCCUGCUCGGCGAAAAGAAAGACUGGAUCGAGUCAGAUGGCUGGGAUAUGCGGAAGCUUUCCAUGAACGUGUCCGAAGAGGGCCCCGUUGAAGAUGCCGCUGCGUCGGCUUGAACUUGAAAAAGCAGGAUGCUUGAUGCCACGUCGAGCAUGGCUUCCCUUAACUCUUAUGACUUCCAUCAUGGCGCUGCAUUGUCAGAUAUUUGACACUCGCCAUGUGUAUCAUAUCUCCCAUGUAUUUUUAUGAUGAAUACCGGCAUGAAAGAUCAUGUAUAUAG